CUACAAAAUUGUGGGUACUUUUAUUUAGCCUUUAGGGCAAUAAAAAUGUAGGGGAAAAGAAAAUAUAAAAGUAGAAAUUUUGAGAUGAAAGGACAAAAUUGUUGAAACAAAGCCCCAAAUAAUAGAGCAGCUAUGAGAGAGAGAGAGAGAGAAGAGAGAUACAUGAACAUGAAGAAUCCAAAUGCCCAGAGAUACACACUCCAUUGUCCUUCUGAUCUGUUACAAUAAUCUCUCUCCCAAAAAAGAACUUCAUUUCUUUUUCUAGAGAGAUUCCCUUAAAAUCUCUUCCUAUUUUACCAAACCCCAACUUCAUGAUCUGAUCAGGAGUUGGUUUUUUGUGCCUUUUUUUUUUUUUGGCAGAACUCAGAAAAAGAAGGGAUUUUUAGCUAAUUAAGAGUGUCAAAUGAGAGUGGACAAAGCAGAAAUGUCUGAAGACGAGGAUCGGGCUCAAUCUCUAGAUCUGGGUAUCGAGGCCGCCACCGAAUCCGCUAACAAAACCCGUAAUUGUAGCGCCGGCGACGGUGAGGAGGUUGGUGGGUCUGGCUCAGUGGAGAACAUUCUCCAUAAUGUUCUUGAGAACGUGCUUCAUUUCCUCACUUCACGACGUGACCGGAACGCGGCUUCACUUGUUUGCAAGUCCUGGUAUCGUGUUGAAGCCCUCACUCGAUCCGAACUCUUCAUUGGAAAUUGCUAUGCCGUCUCACCUCGCCGAGUUACGUCGCGGUUUAAUCGAGUUCGGUCAGUGUCGAUCAAAGGGAAGCCUCGGUUUGCUGAUUUCAACCUGAUGCCGCUCAAUUGGGGGGCUCACUUUACUCCAUGGGUGGCGGCCAUGGCUAAGUCGUACCCUUGGCUCGAGAGAGUCUAUUUGAAGCGCAUGUCUGUGACUGACGACGAUCUGGCUCUGCUUGCUGACUCUUUUCCCGGCUUUAAGGAGCUUGUGUUGUUUUGCUGUGAAGGAUUUGGCACCAAUGGUAUUGCUGUUGUUGCCACCAGAUGCAGGCACCUUCGAGUACUUGAUCUGAUUGAUUCUGAUGUAAAAGAUGAUGAAGUGGAUUGGAUAUCUUGUUUUCCUGAGAAGGAAACUUGUCUUGAAUCUCUGAUCUUUGAAUGUGUAGAGUGGCCUAUUAAUUUUGAGGCACUGGAGAGGUUAGUGAGUAGAUCCCCAUCCUUGAAGAAACUUGGGGUGAAUCGUCACGUUUCCAUUGCUCAGUUAUACCAAUUGAUGAUUCAGGCUCCUCGUUUGACACAUCUGGGAACCGGUUCAUUCAAUACAUCAGAGGCUGUGAUCCAUGGCGAGUCCGAGCCUGAUUAUGCCUCGGUUUUUGCUGCUUGCAAUUCCUUAGUUUGUCUCUCUGGAUUCAAGGAUGUUUUGCCCGAUUACCUACCUUGUAUCUAUCCAGUUUGUGCUAACCUCACCACUCUGAACUUGAGCUAUGCAAAUAUAACUCCUGAACAGCUUAAACCAGCUAUAAGACACUGUCACAAGCUCCAGACUUUCUGGGCUCUUGAUUCAAUAUGCGACGAAGGACUUCAGGCUGUUUCUUCAACUUGCAAGGAACUGCGAGAACUUAGGGUUUUCCCUGUUGAUCCCCAAGAAAAUGGCGAAGGCCCCAUUUCUGAAGUGGGCUUCCAGGCAAUAUCUGAAGGUUGCAGGAAAUUGCAAUAUAUUCUCUACUUUUGCCAGAGAAUGACUAAUGCAGCCGUAGUAGCUAUGUCAGAGAACUGUCAAGAUCUUGUGGUGUUUAGACUGUGUAUUAUGGGACGACACCAGCCAGACCAUAAAACUGGAGAUCCAAUGGACGAAGGAUUUGGUGCCAUUGUUAUAAACUGUAAGAAGCUAACUAGGCUUGCAAUAUCUGGAUUGUUGACGGAUCGUGCUUUCAGCUAUAUCGGGAAGUAUGGGAAGCUGGUACGCACCCUGUCAGUUGCUUUUGCUGGAAACAGUGAUUUGGGAUUGAAGUAUGUGCUUGAGGGCUGUCAUAGAUUGCAAAAACUUGAGAUUAGAGAUAGCCCUUUUGGGGAUAUAGCUUUACAUUCUGGUUUACAUCAUUACUACAAUAUGAGAUUCCUCUGGAUGUCAGACUGUAAAUUAUCUCGCCAGGGCUGCCAAGUGGUUGCCAAAGCAAUGCCUCACUUGGUGGUUGAAGCGAUGAGAAAUGAUAUCGAGGAAGUGGAUUCUCAUCCUCAGGUGGAGGAUUUGGACAACCAUGUUCGCUUGUUAUACAUGUAUCGAUCUCUUGAAGGGCCAAGGGAUGAUGCUCCGGAAUUUGUAGACAUCUUAUAGAGUUUUCAGGUUCCCUACAACUUUGACUGGUUGAGCAAGAUCACACUGUUGUCUGGGAAAAUUUAUAAUUAAUUGCUGCAGGAAUGUCCUUUACUACCCUAAAGAAAGUUGACCAUCUGUUUAUUGGGCAGGAAUACUGCAGUGGCAUUGAAGCCAAGUUUUUAUGUGAUCCAUGAAGCUAACCAUGUUGUUGUAUCGGUACUUUUCGUUUUGUUAACGUUUCUCCAAAUUUUCAUUGGAUAACUUUAACAAAGAGGUUCAGAUGAGGGCAGGGGUUGUAGAGCUGCAUUAAAAGCUUUGAUAACAUCCGAGGGUCUUGUCAUCUAUCAAAUCAAGAUUGAACUUGAAAACGUUGGAGAGUUGAUCGACUAUAAAAGGUCCAAGAACGUUGUCCUUUCUCUAAGGUCAUCAAAAGUAAGGGGAUGGUAGCAGGGAUCGUUGCAGGUAAUCAGUCUUACAAGAAACUUUUGUUUAUCUUGAUUCACAUGGUAGAUGGCUUAGGCCAUUGAUGACACGACUAGAAACCCAAUAGAAUUCUUCUCUUUCCUCAAAGUGAUUGUCUUUUUCUUUCUCCCUUCUAAUCAGAGGAACUGUUGUUUUAUUAUUGUUAUUUAUCAGCAAUGUGAGAUUGGUAAUAAAUGUCAAAAUAUAUUCAUUAACAGAA